GUUCUGAUUGGCUGGCGCCUGGCGAGACGCUCACGCGCACCGUGUCGGCUAGCUUUUCCUUGUGUUAUUAUCGUACCGGGAGGGGAGAGAGAGAGAAAGAGAGAAGGAGAGAGAGAGAGAGAGAGAGAGAGAGAGAUGCUGGAGGAGGCUCGGAGGUUCAGUUCGGCGCGCUGGACCCUGAGCUGAUGUGACACGGGGAGGGGGGGAACCAAAACUUGGAUUUUCUACCUCACACUCUCCUUCUUGAGCUGAUGUCAGAAUGUCGGUGAACCCCCCCAGCAGUAACGAUGCCUGCCUCAGCAUCGUGCACAGCCUCAUGUGCCACAGACAAGGCGGCGAGAAUGAAGGCUUCGCCAAGAGGGCCAUCGAGAGCCUCGUCAAGAAGCUGAAGGAGAAAAAGGACGAGCUGGACUCGCUCAUCACCGCCAUCACCACCAACGGCGUCCAUCCCAGCAAGUGUGUCACCAUCCAGAGGACCCUAGAUGGAAGACUGCAGGUGGCCGGGCGUAAAGGCUUCCCCCACGUAAUCUACGCCCGUCUAUGGCGCUGGCCGGAUCUUCACAAAAACGAGCUGAAGCACGUCAAGUUCUGCCAGUACGCCUUUGACCUGAAGUAUGACAACGUGUGUGUGAACCCUUAUCACUAUGAGAGAGUCGUCUCUCCUGGCAUCGUUGGCCUCAGCCUACAGAACACAGCUCCUCCGGGCCGACUGAUUAAAGAGGAAUACACCCAUGACUGCGUUCAGAUGGAGGUUCCUCCUGGUUUGCCUACACAGCCAGACCACCAAGGGGCGAUGAGCCACCAUGGGAAACUCCCUGCACCGGAGCAUUACCCCCCACCACUGCCACCUUUACAGAUGCCACCCGAAGCAGCGCGAUGCCCUCCCCCUGCCAACCUCUACCCUAACAUGCCCCUCUCACCAAACGCAUCUGGCCCGAUGAUGUCCAUGCAGGCUGGUCACGGUGAGGGUCUCCUGCAGAUCGCAUCCCCUCAGGCUCAGGUCAUGACCCCGACUCCCCCUCCCUCCACGACCCCUCAGGCCCAACCUACUCAGAACGGCUACAACGGCUCCAAACACACACAGACGCAGGGCUCCUUCCAUACUACUUGGACGGGCAGCAGCACGGCCUCAUACACUCCUAUUGGACGCCAACCAAGCAGCAGAUCCCACCAACCUCCUCUCCACCACCCACAGUACUGGUCUCAACAUCACAAUUCGUCAUCAUUCCCUCCUCCAGUCUCCAACCAUCCAGGGCCAGAGUUCUGGUGCUCCAUCUCGUAUUUUGAGAUGGAUGUUCAGGUUGGUGAAAUGUUUAAGGUGUUGUCUAGCUGUCCUGUGGUGACGGUGGACGGCUACGUGGAUCCCUCUGGAGGAGAUCGUUUCUGCCUCGGGCAGCUCAGCAACGUUCACCGUACUGAGGCCAGUGAAAGGGCCAGGUUACACAUAGGUAAAGGCGUGCAGCUGGAGUGUCGAGGCGAGGGCGACGUGUGGAUGCGAUGUCUGAGUGAUCACGCCGUCUUCGUUCAGAGCUACUACCUGGAUAGAGAGGCGGGGCGAGCACCAGGAGACGCCGUCCACAAAAUCUACCCAGGAGCCUACAUCAAGGUGUUCGAUCUGCGUCAAUGCCAUCGGCAGAUGCAGCAGCAGGCGGCCACGGCUCAGGCAGCAGCAGCGGCACAGGCAGCCGCUGUGGCAGGGAACAUUCCGGGUCCGGGGAGCGUUGGGGGCAUCGCUCCAGCAAUCAGUCUGUCGGCAGCGGCGGGGAUCGGUGUGGACGACCUGCGCAGGUUGUGUAUCCUGCGUCUGAGCUUCGUGAAGGGCUGGGGACCCGAUUACCCUCGCCACAGCAUCACACACACUCCCUGCUGGGUGGAGGUGCAUCUCCACCGCGCCCUGCAAUUGCUGGAUGAGGUGCUACACACCAUGCCUCUGGCCGACCCCGGACCUUCUAACUGAAAGCAGGGAGAGAUAACUACAACACACACUCACAGACACACACACACACACACACACACACACACACACUGAGCAGGCACGGUUCAGGUCUGUGUUUCAGUACUGUCCAAAAAGUGUUCUGGUCGACCAUAAAAUCUAGGGUUAGGGUUACUUUACUUUGUUUAGUAUCGUUUAAAUGAUGUUGCCAGGCAAUGGGAAAAUUUGAUUUAGACUGUAAAGCUAAUAAUCUGGCUAAGUAGUGCCACUAAAGUCUUAAUAGAGCUUAAUGUAAACAUGAAAAGACAAUAAAAACAUGACAAUCUAAUCUGGAAUGCAAACAUUUACCUCAGAAAUGCUGGUGAAUUAGUAGAAAAAAGACUUUGUACUGCUAAAAUUAUGCUUUUUCACAUUUAGCAUAAAGUACAAAUGGAAUUUAACCAUUCAACAAAAGCAUCAACAUCGUGUCAGAAAUCCCACUAAACUGGGCAGAAAACACGACCCGGUAACAUUUAUUCACCUCAGAUGUGUUGAUUUUAUGUGAUGACAUUAAGACAUUGGUUAGUUGAACGAGGUGACGAUUUCACACUUGGCUACAAUCUGAUCCACAUGUUUACACAUCUCAUUGUUCCUUCUCCUGAUGUCCUCACAAUCAGGUUCAAAUCAGAAACCAGUGUUUUAUUUCUCCUUGGCGAGCCCUAAAAUUUCCUACGUUACAUACGAGGAACACGUCUUAUUGACUCGAUGUAGAGGAAAAACAGAUGUUAGGAUAGAGGUUGGGGAUGGUGGGAUGGGGUACAGGAGUGGGGGAAUAAUUGCAAGCCGCUAAGGGUGCGUUAAGGACAGUACUGUAACACCGGCUUACCGUUUAUCCUUCAUCGGAUUCAUCCGAAUGCAAUCUAUGGAGCUGUUUCCAUAGCAACGGAAUGUACUUUUUUUUUUGAUGAAUAGAUGUAUGUAGUUAAUUUAGCACUGCCUCUUUCUCUUCUCAUAAUGCAACUUUCCUCUAGGCAUGUCCCGAUAAUCAGUUUCAUAUACGAUAUUUACGGUUGUAUGUUUGAUCGUCGGUAAAAAAGGAUCCCUGUGUGUGAACUCAGGAGAAGGUUGUCGUGCUCUGCUGCAUCAUGAGCACCCUGUGAGAUAAAACCUGCCUGAGUCGUUCCGUUUUAACAAAGGAUUGUAAAAACGUCAUAAACUGCAAUAACAGAUCAGACGGUUUCAGCGUUAUAGGAGGAUUGGAUAUUGGCACAUGCCUAGCUUUCACAGGGUUGAGUUCAGGGAAAUAGUAUAGCUUUACUGCCCCGUACUCUCUCAGAAUUCAGAACGUGCUAAACUCUACAUUUCCUGCUCACCUUCAGGUGAAAACGGUGGUCCUUCAGGUUUAAGGUUCGGUGGCUUGCUGGGUUGUCGUCAGACCGAACCAAAUCAGUGAAAAAAGAAAAAAGAAAAAUGUAGCAGAAUGGGAAAUAAUUAAAAGGUAGCUUAUCGUCAUGAAUUUACGACGAAAGGACAGAAGAACAAUGGACAGAAAUUCCCCAGUUCCCACAACAUUACUCCAUUUCGAGACGUUCAUAGAUCUGAAACAUGAAAGCAAAAUAUAACCACUUCAUAUUGACAUAUUGGCAUUGCAAUAGAUUUUAUGUUGCCCCCCCUUUAUUUUUCCUAAUUGGUUUAGCCCAAUUCUGACCCACUAACUAUAGUAUCAUUUGUUUUAUCGCUACAAAUUCUCUGGUAUAAAUUCUUACUACUGGUUGCAAUAGUAAUCUGAAUGGUUAGAGCGACUAGCAUUCCAUUUUUGAUGACCAGGAGGUCAGGAGACCAUCUUCAUCAUUCAAGCGAUGGACACGCCCAUUUCAGCCAUUCACUGUACAAGUAUUUUAAAAUGUAGCCUAACCAAAGCGCUAUCUGCCCUCUUCAACAUACAAGAGCUCACACUCGCCUGUGAUUGGCUAAUGGCCAGGUUCUUCUGUUGCAUUAAACGUAUAAAAAAAUGGCAAGAAAGAAAAGGUAGAGUUUAGUACUGUCUUUUUUCUGAGAGUGUGCACAGGUCCAGGUUUGCACAUGGCUGAACGAUAGUAAUAAUUAUACAGAAUAUUCAUGUAUACAGAAUGAUUCUACUCACACACACACACACACACACACACACACACACAUAUGCACACAUACGCACGACUUCUGCAGGUUUUGUUAAAUGUCUGAUGAAUGGCCACACCUCAGAAGAACUGUUCAGGAACCGUCUUCAAGCGGGAAAAAAAAACACAGGACAGACCUCGAAACCAGAACUCUCACAAUAUAUCCGUGCUUUGUGGUCCUCUGUGUGUGUGUGUGUGUGUGUGUGUGUGUGUGUGUGUGUGUGUGUAUUGGUGUGGAAGCCACUUCACCUCCACGUCCUGUGCUCAUCCCGAGCACGGCCUUCGAGCUCGUUUAUUUUCAUAUGAAAGAAAAAAAACAAAACAGGAAAAAAUCCACAUACGUCAAGUUCAGCUUUAAAUCGGUGGUGUUUGGUGUUCGUGGUGCCGCAGUGUUCGUAAGCAAAUCAUCUGCCGUGUGGUGUAGACCAAAGCCUCAGAAUACCUCAUCGUCAAAUCGAACAUGGACCCUGAGCCUGGAUUUAUGUUCGUAACCAAAAAAUAUUUUCAUCUCUUUCGUUUUUUUUAAAAAAAAAAGGAAGAAAAAAAAACAAGCAUCCAACACACAGGAAGUGACUUAAUGCUUUAUUUGUUUUGGGGCAGAUCUUUGGUGACUUCAUGAGCCCAUGUUGGUUUUCACAAUAACUUUGAUCUGUUUUACAUAUUAGGGCUGUCAAAAUUAACGCGUUAAUGCAAAUUAAUUUUAACGGCACUCAUUUUAUUAAUGGAGCGAUACCCCCUGGCUACCGAUAUAAAUCUUGCCCAAAGCCUCUAAAUGUUUAAAACAGGCCCUGAAGUAAAUAAAUAUAGAAGAGGUGAAAAGAAAACCUUUAACCCAAUUUACAAUGUGUUCAAGUCAAACUGAGAUGUUUAAUGUUUCAGGUAUAAAAAUGGAUGCUAGCGUGAUGGCAUUACACACAGUAGUUAGUGGUUAGCGUGUCUUAUUACUGAUAGGUGGCGCACAUGUCGCAGGCCGGUCCAGAGACCGUUAAUCAAAUUGGCAGACAAUUAAUUAGUGCAUGGACAGCGUGUGGUGCUGAAGUUUCUUGUGAAUGAAGGCAGAAAACCUAUGGAUAUUUACAAAAGACUAUGAGCAUAGUACGUUACUAUAUAUAUAUAUAUAUAUAUAUAUAUAUAUAUAUAUAUAUAUAUAUAAAAUCUGAAGUUUGGAGACUAGCUUUGUUUACAAGAAAAGUCUUAAUUUGUCUACAUUUCCACAGUAUUUCCUCCAAAAUAGUCCCCUACAGCAGGGCCCUUUGAGCUGGAUCUUCAUCUUCAGGACGAGGGCUCCGCAUGGCGAGUAGGGUGGGUGUCGAAGUGAAACCAUGUUCUUUGCAGCGAGAACUCACAUGUGACAUGGUCAGAAUAGCACCAGUUGCACGACUCCCGAUGUAUACAGGAUGAUGUCUUUUGGCACACUGACUUGAAGGUCAGUGCUCCCUGUGACUGUGCGUGAAGCCCUGUGCUGCCAUCUGUUGGCAUCUUACAAAAUGAUUCUCAAAACUUUCUGAUUCCAUCUCAUAUAUAUUUAUAUAUAGUGGUAUAUUGUAAUAUAGUAUACUGUCAUAUCUUUAGAUCAUAACAAAUCUCUUUUUUCUGGACUAGAAUGUUUAUUAAUAUGCAUUUUAGAUCACAGAUCAUGGCCUCCAUCACCCUAGAAAUUUACCUUUUUAUAGAAAAACAUCUACAUCUCAGAUUCUCGAACACAAUUGUUCAAGCUCUUUUACACUACUGUAACUCAUCACAGUAUUGUAUGAAUUGUAUGUGUUCAGACAUACACACACUGUUUGGCCAAAAGUCUGUGAACACCUGAGCAUAAUAUGUGUAUGUGCUUCUUUUUGUCCAAUUCCACAUUCAGUCCCCAUUCGCUGUUAUAAUAAACACCACACUUCUGGAAAGAUCCACAAUUUGAAUUCCAGCUUCACAGGGAGAAAAAAAGGUUAUAAUUACAGUAUUAUCAUCACGUUUGCUGUCAGUCAUGUGACCUUGCCGUUGGAUUUUUGAUUUACAUUUCAUAGCUUGUUUUUAUACUGUUUUUUACAACCAUGAUGAAACCCUGGACUUCGUUCAGUAUAUUGCCAAAAGUAUUGGGACACCGUACUAUUCCAGCCAUAUGUAGUUCUUCUUCAAACUGUGAGCACAAAGUUGUUGCAUGAAAUUUUCCCUUUGAUUGACCUAGAAAACCCAAACCAGGUCUUUCUAGGACAAUGAACCUGUGUACAAAGAUGUCUCCAUGAAGAUCUGCUUUAUUUGGGUUUGGAAGACCCUUAUAUCUGAAUGAGCACAAAUCUCAAAAUCUAGUGGAACAUCUUCCCAGAAGAGUGGACUUUAUUAUAAAAAAAAACAAAUAGAGACCAAAUGCAGGAUGGGACGUUCACUCUAAUUCUCAGGUGUCCACAGAUAUUUUUGUCCAUAUAGUGUAUUUCACAUGACGCAGGCUCAGGUCACCCAGUGAACUCCAAGCGUCUGGGAAAUUUCAUGAAGUACUACGUCAUUUUUCCUUAUUUUUCAAAUAGAAAACAUCCAGCGUUACAUGGACACAUGUCUUUAGACUCCUAGAUCAAAUCACAGAGAAAAUGGAUGUGUUUCCCCUCCCCCGCUCCACAAGCUUGAACUUGUACAUAAAAUUGAAUACGCGAGCUGUUCGGUGUGUUUCAGCAUCUCUUAUGAAAUAGAAAUUAGUUUCGCUAACACGUAGCUUGCUCAUUAAUGUAGCGUGGAAACAAACCUGCUGCUGCAUCUUUUAGAACUACGCCUUUGUUAUAUAUAUAUUUUUCGGCCAAGGUCAAACGAAGGUCGGCAUCUCCCGCGAGCCGACUACGCCUGCCAUUGUGUGAAAGUAGGUUUAUUUAUAACGCCUUGUGACACCCCGUCCCCAAUUAUGAUAUAUUUCGGUGUUCUGUUGUAGCUUCUCCAAGACUAGAACUGAUCGAGUGCUUGGCCCCCUGUUUGCCUCUGACGCUUAACGAAGUUAUAAAGUACAUGAUGAAAUCAUGACAAUCAGUGAACUGGAGAAAUCCAGAAAGCAUUCCACGUGUUUCUUACCCAGUAUUUAUCCCUGUGUGACCUGCUGUGAAAACUGGACUAUUUUAUGGAUAUUGUUCUUUCAGUUAUUGUUGUAAUCAGAAUGAUUUUAUUGUUGAAGGAUGUUCGGAUCCUGUAUGUUGACUGUACACCAAAGUUAAGUAAAAAAUCAUUUUGAUACA